UCUCUAUCCCUUCUAACACUAAACGCGCCGGUUGGCCCGAUGAAGCAUGGGCUCCAACAGGAGGUCGAAGCGCUGGUUAGAGGCAUCGCCGCCAGCAUCCUCGUGGGAGGCAGAGCGCACACUAGAGAAGGAGAUGGCGGUGUUGGAGAAGUGCAGCUCUACCACCCAUCCUCUCCCGAGAUCGCAUGGAAGCGUCUGCGGACCCCCCACGGUCGAUGCAGCCGCCGUGUCGUGCUUCUCGCGGCACUCGAUGCCGCCGCCAUUGUGGCCUGCUCCUCAUGUUAUGGCAGGAACGAAGAGAAUAAAGAAAGAAAGAAAUUAACCUCUAUAUAAGGCGGCGUCCGAUAUACUAUAAUCACGCACCAGGACUACGGAAGGGCAGCGACAUAAACGGGGGAUACUCUAACCGCCGGUGGAUCUGUACGUUGCGGGCGGCCAUGGUGGAGGGCGGCGCCGUACGCCGGCAAAAGUUCUUCAAAAUCCUCCUGCCGGGCUCCUUCGAGUCCAGCCUGUCCCUGCCGCCCAAAUUCGCGGCGCGCCUCGACCGCCCGCCGGUGCUCGCCGUCGCCACGCUGCGCGACCCCGCUGGACGGUCGUGGCACGUGGGCCUCGUCCGGCACGGCGCCGCGGGCCUGCGCUUCGACGGGAAGGGGUGGCGCAGCUUCGUCGCCGGCUGCGGCCUCUCCGCCGGCCAGCUCCUCGUCUUCGACCACCUCGACGACCUCGACUUCGCCGUCGAGCCCUUCGACACGUCCGGCUGCAGCACCUCCUUCUUCGACGGCCAGCGUGGCGGCCCAAUGAUGAACUUCGACGACGACGCCGACGUGGAGUCCGGCAGCGACGACAACCACCAUGACGGGGGGUCCCCCUCCCGGUCGCCACUGCCGGCGGCCGGCACAAAGAGGAAGAAGCUCUCGCCGGCCACCGCCUCGCCCGCCGGCUCCUGCGGACCGUCGUCGUCGGACGACGGGACGCUCCGGCUGGGCAUCGAGCAGCCGUUCCAUCUGCAGUACAUGGAGCUGACCAAGGCCUUCUGUGCCCGCGUGGGAUGGGCCGAGUCGUGCACCGCUGAGCUAACCGUGGCCGGCCGCGGCGACCGGCGAUGGGAGGUGUCCGUCAGGGUCGGCAGCAAGGGCGGCAUGAUCAUGGCCGGGUGGGAGGGCUUCGCCUGGGACAACGGCCUCAGGAUCUCCGACGUCUGCCUCUUCAGGCCGGCAGCUGACACCGGCGAUCAGGUGGUGCAAGUCCAAGUGCUCAGGGAAUCGUCGUCGCCGUGAGCAAUCAAUCGCCGGCGAGCUUUAUUAAUUCGUGAUAGAAAAAGAUGCAACGUGUUGGGUUUAUGGAAUUGGAUUUUGGAUCAACUCUUCUGAUUUCACUCACCCUUAUGGAUCCACCAGGAACUGAUAUUGAAUAUUUCACUAUCAAUCCGGGUAAGGAUACCAGCAUUGGGUUCGAUGUGUGC